CGACCGCAAGGGGACCACAUGCAUGCUUGUAACGGGAAAGCUGAGGUGGAUGUGGGAACUUUGGAGGUGGGCCAAUCGGGGGGAGAUAGAGGCCAGCUUUGACUCGGAGCCGCGUCACCAGGCUUGCUGCUGGCGUGGACGAAUGCUGGCGAGAACACUUGGCUCGAGGUAACAGUUCGUGGGUAACAACAGCUCGAGGUUUGAUUUUGUUUCCUCCGAACACCUGGCUCAGGCAGGGCCGUGAACAUGCGGGGGAAGAGGUUGCGUUGGUGUACAAUCAACUCAUUUAUUCCUUUUGAGGUAAUGGGACGACAAAGUACUGCAUCGCUCAAUAGCGAACCAGAUCGGCUCUCUUCGAUCGCCCCCUCCUCGCACUCGCACAUUCCCUGUCGUCACCAUAUGAGCCGCGAGUCCCGCCGACAGUGCGCGUGCUGCUGCGCGAGAGCAUGCAUGCAGGAAGCUUCUUCCGCCUCCUUCCCCGUCUGCCGCAUGCGGAAUUCCCGAGGAGCGCGCUGUCGCAGCAGCAGUGGGGAAGGGCUGCCGCUGCGGGUAGUAUUGGGCGCGAGAAUUUGCCGCGCUGGCGCCUCCUCACGCGGCAGGAGGGCAAAUCGGCGGAGGCGCAUGGCGGGCGUGGGCGGAGCGGAGACUGGGGGGACUGGGGCGCGGAAGGGGCGCAUUCGCUAAGGGGAGCUGGUGUGCCGAAGGCGAGGCGGGAGCGAGCGACGUUCGAGCUGCAUGGGGAGACGUGGGACGACUGGUACAGCUGGAUGCAGGACGUGAGCAGCCCCGCCAUGCGGCAGCACCUGCAGCGCGAGCGCGCGUACCUGCGCGCCAUCAUGGCGCGCACCCACGGCCCAACCCUUCGCCUCGGCUGCACCCGCGCGUGUGGGCGGGCGUGCGGAGGAGCAGCGCCCAGCGGAGCACCGGGAUGGGGGCAUGGCAGCGCGGCAAGCGCGGUCCAUGCGGGAGUGGCAGUGCGUGCUGGUGGCGGAGAUGGAGGCCAACAUGCCUCCGCCCACUCAUGCCCCUCCUGAGCCAUGCGGCCCAUGGCUGUACGGAGCGCGGGUGCCAGACGCAGGGAGCUGCCUGUGCUCUUUCGCACACCGGCUGUCACAAGCUCUGCAGAGAACGCUAGCUACGUGCGCCUGGUGGAGUGCAAGGUCAGCCGCUGCCACGGGCUGCUCGCCCUGCUGCUCGACCUCUCCCCCUCCGAGUCCCCCACGC